AAGGAUAGGAAGUUGCCAGUCCUAUCUAUGGGUAUCGUAUAGUAAAUAAAAGCGGUUUUGUAGUUAUAAAUGGAUAAAUAGAGCUUGAAAGUAAUAAUUAAGUUUGUUUUAUAUUAUUAAUGAAGUAAUCUCGACUAAUAUAUUGUUAUUCUUAAUCAAUAGUGAUGGCUGAUCCUCGUCUUAAAAUCUUGUAUAUCAAAACUGGCAUUGUCAAAAGGCUGGCCAAAGAAAAAGUGAUGUACGAGAAAGAAGCAAAUCAGCAGAGAGAAAGGAUUGAGAAAUUAAAAGCUGAAGGCAAGGACGAGCACACGAUUCGCAAGCAGGAGGAGGUGCUUCAGGAGUCGCUGAUGAUGGUUCCCGACUGCCAGCGCCGGCUCGCCAAGGCUUACGAGGAGCUCAGCAAGAUCCUGGAGGAGGAGGCAGACAUGUCACAACGCGACGAGUACAAGACUGCUCUGAAAGCCUUGGAAGAUGCCAAGUCCGCACUGCCCGACUCUGCUGCCGAAUCCAGCUAG